AUGAGAGGCAGUGCAGGAGUAAGAGACAGUGCGGGGGUGAGUGGCAGUGCGGGAGUGAGGGGCAGUGCAGCAGUGAGUUUUGAGGCACCUCAAGGCUCGGGGUUGAGUGGCUGUGCGGGGGUGAGUGGCAGUGCGGGGGUGAGUGGCAGUGCGGGGGUGAGUGGCAGUGCGGGGGUGAGUGGCAGUGUGGGGGUGAGUGGAAGUGUGGCAGGGAGUGGCAGUGCGAGGAUGAGGGGCAGUGCAGCAGCGCAUGGCACGCCAUGGCAACGCCUCCACGCCUGCUUCUCCACCUCCUCCCCUCUGCACACCCUCCUCGCUCCCCAACCUCCCGCUCCCCAACCUCCCGCUCCCCAACCUCCCGCUCCCCAACCUCCCGCUCCCCAACCUCCUGCUUCCCAACCUCCCACUUCCCAACCGCCCGCGCCCCAACCUCUUGCCGCUCCCCAACCUCUUGCCGCUCCCCAACCUCUUGCCGCUCCCCAACCUCUUGCCGCUCCCCAACCUCUUGCCGCUCCCCAACCUCUUGCCGCUCCCCAACCUCUUGCUGCUCCCCAACCUCUUGCCGCUCCCCAGCCUUUCUCUCUUCAAACUCUCGCUGUUGAUCCCGCCCCUGUCUCCCAACCCAACCACCCUCCUUCCAACCAUCCUACCACCACCCACCCACCCGUCACCCACCCUCCCGCCAUCAACUUUCCUGCCAACCACCCGUCCCCCAACCACCCUACCACCAUCCUCCCUCCUGCCAACCAUUCGCGUUUUAACCACCCACCCGCCAACCACCUCCCCCCAAACCACCUUGCUCCCAACCACUCUUCUUCACUCAUAAAAUCGCCCCAAACCCCUGCUGUGCCCCCUUCUCUGUUCGCGUCCCUCUCUGCUGCUGCCAUCAUCGCUGCAGCUGCGGCUGCUGUUGCCGCUUCUGCUUCUGGUGGUGCCUCUCCCCUCUCGGCCCCUGCACCACCACUAACACCUGCCGUACCCCCUGCACCACUGCCAACCCCUGCCACACCCCCUGCUGCAGCACCAAUCCCCAUUCCCACCACACCCCCUUCUGUAGCCCCGGCAGCAGCACUGCCAGGUGCCGCCCUCCCAGCGGACAGUCUGCUGAGAGCAGCACGUGUGAUUGACAGCAUGAGAGCCCUGCUGGCCCAUCCUGCCCCCACCACUCCUCUCCCCUCCCUUCCUCUCUUUCCGUCUCUCGCCUCUCUAUUCCCUCCAGCUGCCCCCACCCUUGCUGCCACUUCUACUGUCAUGGCCCCUGCUGCUCCUGCUGCUGCUGCUGCUGCUGCUGCUGCUGCUGCUGCUGCUGCUGCUCCUUCUGUUGCUCCUGCUGCUGCAGCUCCUGCUGCUGUCCCUGCCAGUGACGCUACUGCCUAUGCCAUUCUUGCCACAGUCAACCCAGCCAGCACAGUUAACCCGGCAGCAGCAAGAGCUAUGGCGGUAUCUGGAGCAGCAUUUGGGGCGGGAAUUAGGGCAGACGUUGGUGCAGCAGUUGCAGGAGCAGUUGGGGCAGCAUGUGGGUCAUCAGUUUGA